AAACAAGCUAAAUGUAAAGGAGGCAAUCGAUUUUAUCGCAGAGACAUGGGAUUAUGUGAACAAUAUGACAAUCAAAAAUUGUUGGCAAAAAACAGGAAUUCUUCUGAGCGUACAUGAUUCUGAAGUAGCAAUUGCAAGUCAAUAUCUUGAAAGCAAUAUUAAAAUUAAUAAUAAUGAGAUUGUAAUGAUCAUUGCUCGAAUGAUAAUCUGA